AUACACACACUGUGACCAACACAACAGCAGCAGCAGCAAGGUGGAUUUCCUUUGAGUUUAAAGAGAGAAAAAGAAAAAUGUCCCCUUGUCUGUAGAGAUGAUUUGCAGUGCAGCCCGGCUGAAGCUGACCGAAUGAGACUAUGGGCUGUGCCUCUGCCAAGCAUGUUGCUACUGUUCAAAAUGAAGAGGAGUCUCAGAAAGGGAAGAACUACCAGAACGGAGAUGUGUUUGGCGAUGAGUAUAGAAUCAAACCUGUGGAAGAGGUCAAAUACAUGAAAAAUGGGGCAGAAGAGGAACAGAAAAUAGCAGCCAGGAACCAAGAAAACCUGGAAAAAAGUGCCAGCUCGAAUACAAGGCUUAAAACUAAUAAAGAAAUCCCUGGAUUGGUCCAGCAACCCAGAGCAAACAUGCACAUCUCUGAAAGCCAACAAGAAUUCUUCAGAAUGCUGGAUGAAAAAAUUGAAAAGGGCCGGGAUUACUGUUCUGAAGAAGAGGAUAUCACAUAGCAUCGGUUCUCCCACUCAGACCAGGAGCUACUACUGUGUAAAUAGGUUACACCCCAGUUGAAACCUUUGCAAAGGUCGGUUCUCUUCACCGAACAGCACUAUAGCAAAAGAAGACCGUUCCAUAUCGUAUGCCCCCUUAAAUCACAGUGUUUCUUAAUGAACCUGCAAAGGAAUAUUGCUAAACACAAACACACACACACACACACACAUCCACACAUCCACACACAAAAAAAACAAAACUGUUCUGGAACUUUCUUUGUUGCUGCUAGUUAAAACUUGUUGCAACUUUUCACUUCUCUCGUGUCCAAUUAUGCAGCAAAGUUCUGCACUUCACCUUAAAGAUACUAUUGGUUAUCCGAUACUCUCCAGCCUGUUUUCUAUAAGACGAGAUAGUGAUGAACUCUGUUACAGACUUCAGUUCUAGCCUGGUUCUGCUUUGAAGUCAAGCUUCUCCUCCCCUCCUUUCCUCCUUGUCCAUCUCUUCUACGUGGUCCAGAGAUGGCCUGAGCCUUGCUUCUCACUGGUAAUGUGGGUCUUUGGAGAUGGGAUGGUGGCUAUGGUGAGCCUCGUUUCUCUGCUCAAAAGUAGAAGAGCCACAAUUGAUUAAAAGAAUGCUGUGACCUGGCUCCUGGAAGUGACAUAGGAGUGAGCCACAGGUUGUUCCACUUACUAGGACGCUUAGUGCAGGAUUAAGUUUGUAGCAUUGGCUUUGCUCAGAUGCAAAUGGAAGUGUGACCACAGUCAUCUUGAAUCCCUCCUCCUCACUUUUUUUUUUUCUAAGAAAUAAACAUUUUACUGUUUUUAUGUAUCCUUGUCUUCUCCCAUUCAUCCAGUUCAGCAUUUUCAGAUGAUCUUAGGUGUGGAAGCCAAGUGUUCCUUCAUAGCUUCUACCCAGAUGAUUGGCCUAAAUGGCUCCCCACCCGUCUGUUGAUGGCUACCUUGGUUUGGAAGGGCUGUGAGUGGUUAGAAGAGAUGAGGGGACAACCCCAUGACUUCUUAGGAGGGCUGGAAACCCCCGUGACCUUUGGCUUUCUUGGGUAUUAAAGCACGUUGUUUUCCAAUUCGCCCCCUUCGGAAUGCUACAGGAGUCUUUCCACCUCCUUCCAUUGUGUUUCCAGCACCGGUAGUGUGGGUAAAAGGUGUCUGCCUAAAGGGAAACAGGACAUUGACACAAGUGAUGUUGGAGAUGUGGGGAGUGUUGACUGUGUGUCCAGUAGAGUUUAUUUUUCCAUGCUAUAUGAAGAGGAUGAUCUCUUCUCAAAGACAGAAGUAAUAUUUUUAACAAAUAUUGUCACAAGUAAAUAGCAAUCAAAAGGAGAAAAUAACUUUUGUAUUUUUUUAUCAUGUUUGAUAGCUUUGACGAGGGUUCUCUUUGUUACUUUCAGGGGAGGGCACCCUAUUAAAUGCCAUGCCAGCAGUCCAGGGUUGGGUUUGUCCUACACACACACACACACACACACACACACACACACACACACACACAGACAGAGGAAUGCUGUGUUUUUCUCUUGGAGGGUUGUGAGUUUCAGGGACCUCACUAUCAGCCACACUGCCACCUUUGGAAGGUGGAAUAAGUUACAAGAGGGAUGGUUAAGAUGUUCCCAGUUGUCAAAGGAUUGUCACAGAAUAAAAUAGGAAGCUAAAUUGGUUCUUGCCAAAAUGAGCCUUGACUUUCAAAUCUUUCCGCAAAAUGGCAAGAUUCUUCAUCUCCUGCCAGACCCAAGGCAACAAAAGGGAAGGAAAGAAAAUGCAGUCGAGUGCUACAGAAAACGGACUCGAGUGUAAGCAACAAAAUCCCAUAAUUCUUGCAGCCAGCAGCAGCUAUUUUGGGGAGCAGCUGUGGUUGUUACAUAAAUAGAGUUACAGCCAAAAGCUAAGGCUUUUUUAUCCAGCAUCAAGCAGAAAAAUGCAGGGAGAGUCGAGUAGUCUAGGGUUUUAAGUUCCCUCCCCUUGUAUGGUUUUUGGCCAAAGGACGAAAAUAGUUUUCCUCAACUGUAAAUGAACUGCUAAACCCCACCUCAACUUGUUCACUGGAGACUUUGUUCACUGUUCUGUGGAUGGCCUUUUCCGGAAUCUCAUGUUUAUAUCAAGCAAGAAUGAAAUGAGUGUUAACGUCUUCCAUUUGACUCCUCUACUUGGUGUCUAAGAGUGUCUUACCAGAAAAAUCACCACCCUCUACCCGAAGAUGAAACACCCUUGUCCUUUUCCUCAGUCACAUUUAGCAUUUUGGAUGUUACACAUGUUUCUUGGAAACCUGACUUUUGAGUGUUAAUAAAACCCUAAGUGCUGUUUAGGAAACAGCGGUUUUUCACAGUUCUGUCUCCCGUGUUUCACACUGGAUACCUCUUCGCUACACAGAAGUGAGUUCAUCUUCAGACACAUUUGGUACCUCUAGAAAUAGGUCCAAGAAAUGGGAUGGUUGAGUGGGUUGGCAUGAAAUGCUUGACUAUGUUAGCAGCACUCAAAACUGUCUGUUUUCCAUUUGUUGGUUUGAAUCAUAAACUUGUCAAGUGA